CACGAUCGACGCGUUACGACUCUCAUUCUCCGUCUUUCGCUACCUCCAUCAUGUCCGUCGUCGGCAUAGACUUCGGUUCGCUGCACAGCAAAAUCGGUGUCGCGCGACACCGCGGAAUCGAUAUCAUUGUCAAUGAAGUCUCAAAUCGCGCCACGCCAUCACUCGUUUCUUUUGGUCCGAAGCAGCGCGCAAUUGGGGAGGCUGCAAAAACGCUAGAGACCUCCAACUUCCGCAAUACCGUCGGUGGCCUGAAGCGGCUCAUCGGCCGUACAUUCAGCGAUCCUGAAGUCCAUGAAGUGGAGAAGAAGUUCCACAAUGCUACACUCUUAGAUGUGAACGGCAGCGUUGGCGUCCAGGUGACCUACGCGGGCGAGCAACGGCAAUUCUCCGUCACGCAGCUCACUGCCAUGUACCUGGGCAAGCUGCGCGACAUCGCUGCAAAUGAGCUCAAGACUGGCGUUUCCGACGUCGUCAUCACCGUCCCUGGGUGGUUCACUGAUGUCCAGCGACGUGCGACGCUUGACGCAGCGCAGAUUGCUGGACUCAACUGUCUUCGUCUCAUCAACGACACGACCGCCGUCGCCUUCGGCUACGGUAUCACGAAAUCUGACCUGCCCGAGCUAGACAACCCCCGUCAUGUCGUGUUCGUCGACGUCGGCCACUCCUCCACCUCUUGCGCCGUCGUCGCGUUCUCCAAGGGCCGGCUCGACGUUAAGGCCACUGCGUACGACCGCCAUGCGGGCGGCCGCGACAUCGACUACGCCCUCGUUCGGCACUUCGCCACGGAGUUCAAAGAGAAGUACAAGAUCGACGUAUUGUCGAGCCCGAAAGCGAUGUUCCGCCUCGCCGCAGGCUGCGACAAGGUGAAGAAGGUGCUCUCUGCGAACGCGGAGGCGCCGUUGAACGUGGAGUCGAUCAUGAACGAUAUCGACGCGUCGUCCCGCCUGACGCGCGAGGAAUACGAGGGGCUCAUCGAGGGCGUGCUGAACCGCAUCCCCGCGCCCAUCCAAGAGGCACUCACGGCAUCGGGCCUCACGCUGGAGCAGAUCGAUGCGAUCGAGCUCGUCGGCGGGGGCACGCGCAUUCCGGCGGUCCGGGCGAAGAUCCAGUCGGUGUUUGAGGGCAAGGUGUUGAUGACGACGCUGAACCAGGACGAGGCCGCGGCGCGGGGUGCGACGUUCGCGUGCGCGAUGCUCUCGCCGAUCUUCCGCGUGCGGGACUUCUCGAUGCACGACAUCUCGUCGUACGGGGUCAAGUUCCAGUGGGAGCGCCAGCCGGAUGAGACCGACGAGGACAAUGAGCUGCUCGUGUUCCCGAAGGGCAACGGGCUCCCGUCGACGAAGGCGCUCACUUUCUACCGCAAGCAGCCGUUCGAGAUCGAGGUCGCGUACGCGGACCCGUCGGUCCUUCCUGGCGGGAUCAACCCCUGGAUCGCGAAGUUCACGGCGAAGGACGUCGGCCCGAACGAGAAUGGCGACCACUCGACUGUGCGCGUGCGUACGCGCCUGAACCAGCACGGCGUCGUCACCUUCGAACAGGUCUACAUCGAGGUCGUCGAGGAGGUCGACGAGCCAAUGCAGGUGGAUGGUGAGGGGGCGGAGCAGCCCAAGAAGAAGAAGAACACCAGGAAAGUAGACGUCCCCUUCGUUUGGGGCUCGACCUCCUUGGACCCUUCUAUCCUCGAGAAGCUCAAGGAGCAGGAAGCCGAGAUGCACGCUGCCGACAAGCUUGUCCUGGACACCGAGGACCGCAAAAACGCUCUUGAGGAGUACGUCUACGACAUGCGCGGUCGCCUGGACGAGCGCUAUGCUGUCUACGUCAAGGCGCACGAGAAGGAGACUCUCCUCAAGGCUCUCCAGGAAGCCGAGGACUGGCUCUACAGCGAGGAGGGCGAGGACGCGACCAAGUCCGCGUACGUCGAGCGGCUCGACGUGCUCAAGAAGCUCGGCGACCCGAUCACGAACCGCUACAAGGAGACAGAGCAACGGUCGGCGGUGAUAAGCCAGCUGCGGGAGACGAUCAACCGCUACAUGUCCGAGGCGACGUCGACGGACGAGAAGUACUCGCACAUCGACGACAAGGACAAGCAGGCGGUCGUCGAGAGGUGCGCGACGAUCCAACAGUGGCUCGAGGACCAAAUCGCGCGCCAGUCUGAGCGCCCGAAGGACGUCGACCCGGUCCUCACCGCCGCGGACGUGCUCAAGAAGAAGGACGACAUCAUCUACUUCUCGACGCCUAUCCUGACGAAGCCCAAGCCCAAGCCUCCAAAGGUGGAGACGCCGGGCACGCAGACACCGAAGAGCGGCACAGAGACCCCCAAUGCCCAGCAGCCGCCUCAGCAGGAGGGCGAGGCCCCUAAGGAGCCUCAGGGACCUUCUGAGAUGGACGUCGACUAGAAAUUUCGCUUUUAUGAAUCAACGAGUUCAUGUAGGUUGGGGGACGUGCGCAGUAUCAUAGCCAAUAAUAUGUUGAUGUAGACAUAGUACAAUAUUCGCAGUUUUCAGUACUGCUGAAUCCCAUUGCUCUCAUCUGA